CAAGAAUGUAAGAUAUACAAAUCAAACACAGCUAACGUAACGUAAGAAAAUGUCACCUGUCACUUAAUUUUUCUAGCAACCAAACUAAAAACACAACAAACCAAAAAGCACAAAUUGCAUAUUUUGACCAAAUAAAUUAAAACAAAUGUCGCACAAAGAACAACUUGAUUUUAUAAAACAAAAAUGGACAGAGUUGCACAAUGAACCAGGUGUUUUCAAAUACAAGUUAAAUGUUGCAAGCCGAAAGUAUUUACCAGGAAAAUACAACAUUUAUACAGAGCUAAAUCCUGACCGAAGUAAACUACGUCGUUUACCUUUAGCUAUUCCAUCGUUGUUCACAGAGUUCGAUCAUAACAAAUUCAAUUUUAAUAAAAUCAAACCAAAUGAAAAACUGUUGGAUAUUCCUUUCGAAGAUACCGUUAUUUCAUUCCUUAUCAACCAGAGUCCUUUGACGCCUUACCAUUCGUUAAUAUGUCCCGAUUUAGAAAAAUCCCAACCUCAGCUAAUCACAGAAAAAGCUUUAGAAUUUAGCAUUGAAUUCCUAUUAUCGAUUGAUGAAAAAGAUUAUCGAAUCGGUUAUAAUAGCCCUGGAGCAUUAGCAUCUGUAAAUCAUCUCCAUCUUCAUUUAAUGUACAUGGAUUUUGAUUUGUAUAUUGAAAAGGCGGACCUUGAAAGUAUUGGAAAAACUGGUGCAUACAGAUUGCACGAUUCAAUGCCAACAGAAGCCAUUUGCUUUUUAAUAGAUGAGAACAACAAAGAGACGAUUGUUAAGAAUAUUUAUGCAUUGAUUGAGUUUAUGUUCAAGCAUAGCAUACCGCAUAAUAUAUUUAUAACACCUGACCGACAGCAAGAAGGGAAACAACUUAAAUUAUUUAUUUACGCUCGAGGAGAACAUUUUGUUAUCAAAGAUGUCAUGGCGUUGAAUGUAGCAUUUUUAGAAUUUAGCGGAUAUUUUCCACUCGGAGAUAGCGAAUUGUUCAACAAUCUUACAGAGGAUAGAGUCUUAGAAAAAAUAAAACAACAAACCGGGAAUGUAUAUACCUCAAUAUACAAAUAUUUAAACGAACUAUAAUAUCAGAG